AUGAAGUGGUGCCCGGGGCCCGGCUGUGAUUACGUGGUGGAAUUUGUCGGCAGCGGCCGAGGGAGCUAUGAGGCCGUCUGCGACUGUGGUUAUAAGCUCUGUUUCAAAUGUGGGGACGAGAGCCACAGCCCGAUCGACUGCGAGGCUGUCACCAAAUGGGCGGAGAAGAAUUGUUGCGAGGCGGAGAACACACAUUGGAUACUGGCAUAUACCAAGCCUUGUCCCAUGUGCCGCCGGGCCAUCGAGAAAAACCAGGGGUGCAACCACAUGACGUGCCGCGAGCCCUGCAGGUUCCAGUUCUGCUGGCUGUGCCUCAAGCCCUGGAGGGAGCAUUGCUCCGCCUCGUGCAACAUGUAUAUCAACACGAGCAAUGAAAACCCGGAGGAGCAGAAGAGAAAGCGUGCCAAGACUUACUUGGAGAUGUACGCCCACUACUACGAGAGGUUCGACUCCAACGACAAGUCUAGGAAGCGGGCCCUGUCCGACCUCAAAAUCGCCAGCGUAGACCACUUGGAUCGGCUGAUGAGCACGCAGGGGGAGACCAAGGCACAGCUCAAGUUCGUGGUGGACGCCUGGGAGCAGGUGGUUGAGUGCCGGCGAGUGCUCAAGUGGAGUUACGCGUACGGAUACUACCUCGCGGAAAGCGGGUCCCGCAAGCUGCAGCUGUUCGGGCACAUUCAAGGGGAGGCUGAGUCGGCGCUCGAGAGGCUGCAUGGAUGUGUCGAGAAGGAGUUGGGAGAGUAUCUGUCGGUUGGGUGUCGAGUGGAGGGUUUUCAGGGUUAUCGGACGAGGCUGGGGGACCUCACGGUGGUCACUAAGAAGUAUUUCGAAAACUUGGUUAGGGCAUUGGAGAAUGAUCUCUCUGAAGUUGUGCAUGUGUGA